UGACGUCAGAGACGCUGUAUAAAAGCAGCAGAGACUGAAGACACACACAGACACAUUCAGAUCCUCAGACAUUAAACAUGCUGUGGACUCUGUUGUUCAGCUGUGGCUUCUGCUUGCACACUCUUCUGGUUUCUGCUCAAGGAAUAUCCAGAGAUGGGGAGAUUAUCAAACAGAUUAAAAGCACAAACCAAGAGCUUUCUGAAAUCAAAGAGUUACUAAAGCAACAGAUACAAGAAAUAGUUUUCCUGAAGAACACUGUUAUGGAGUGUGAAGCCUGUGGCAUGCGGCCGGUAGAACCACAGAAUGCAUGCAAUCCCAACCCCUGUCACCCUGGUGUUGAAUGCAUUAUAACACCCGGUGGAUUUAGGUGCGGCACGUGUCCAGAUGGCAUGACUGGAACUGGAUCUAAAUGUACAGAUGUUGAUGAGUGUGCUGUAACACCAUGUCACAUGGGUGUGAGAUGCAUAAAUACAUCACCUGGUUUCCGCUGUGGCCCAUGUCCUGCUGGUUACAUGGGACCCCAGGUACAGGGGGUAGGGCUCGCCUAUGCAUCUGCCAACAAACAGGUCUGCUCUGACAUUAAUGAGUGUGAGAACUCAAAUGGAGGUUGUGUGGAGAACUCCAACUGCAUCAACACACCCGGCUCUUUCCGCUGUGGUCGCUGUAAACCUGGUUUUAUUGGGGAUCAGGUAAGUGGCUGUAAACCAGAGCGUGCUUGUGGCAACGGACAGGCAAACCCCUGCCACGCCAGCGCAGAAUGCGUCGUUCACCGCGAUGGACAGAUCGAAUGUGUGUGUGGAGUUGGAUGGGCUGGGAAUGGAUACUUGUGUGGAGCAGACACUGAUAUCGAUGGCUUUCCCGAUGAAAAGUUAAACUGUGCAGAGAGAAACUGUGCAAAGGACAACUGUCUCACCGUUCCAAACUCUGGUCAAGAGGACGCAGACAGAGACAACAUUGGUGAUGCAUGUGAUGAUGAUGCAGAUGGAGAUGGGUUCCUGAACACAGAGGACAAUUGUGUCCUCGUCCCCAAUGUGAAUCAGAAGAAUAUUGACCAGGAUGAUUACGGAGACGCUUGCGAUAACUGCCGUCUGGUCAAAAACAACGACCAGAAGGACACUGACGGUGAUGGGGAUGGUGAUGAAUGUGAUGAUGAUAUUGAUGGGGAUGGAAUCAAAAACGAUAAGGACAACUGCAAAAAGGUACCAAACCGUGACCAGAAAGAUCGAGAUGGUGAUAAUGUUGGUGAUGCUUGCGACAGUUGUCCUUAUAUCCGGAACCCUGAUCAGAUGGAUGUGGACAAUGAUUUGAUCGGCGAUCCAUGUGACACCAACAAAGACAGUGAUGGAGAUGGUCAUCAGGAUUCUCGAGACAACUGUCCAGCGGUUAUCAACAGUUCCCAGCUGGACACAGACAAGGACGGAAUAGGGGAUGAAUGUGAUGAGGAUGAUGACAACGAUGGCAUUCCUGACCUUCUUCCACCUGGUCCAGACAACUGCCGUCUGGUCCCGAACCCUCUACAGGAGGACUUUGAUGGUGACGGAAUUGGCAAUGUUUGUGAGAACGACUUUGACAAUGACACAUAUAGCGAUGUCAUUGACGUUUGCCCUGAGAAUGCCGAGGUCACUCUCACUGACUUUAGAACUUAUCAGACUGUGGUUUUGGAUCCAGAAGGCGAUGCACAAAUUGAUCCAAACUGGGUUGUGCUCAAUCAGGGAAGAGAGAUUGUUCAGACCAUGAACAGUGACCCUGGGCUGGCUGUGGGCUACACCGCAUUCAAUGGCGUGGACUUUGAAGGGACGUUUCAUGUGAAUACUGAGACGGAUGAUGACUAUGCAGGCUUCAUCUUUGGCUAUCAGGACAGCUCCAGUUUCUAUGUGGUGAUGUGGAAGCAGGUGGAGCAGAUCUAUUGGCAAGCCAAUCCUUUCCGGGCCGUGGCCGAGCCUGGAAUCCAGCUGAAGGCCGUAAAAUCUAAUACGGGUCCCGGAGAGAACCUCCGCAACUCACUCUGGCACACAGGAGACUCAACCGACCAGGUGAAACUUUUGUGGAAAGAUGCCAGAAAUGUUGGCUGGAAAGAUAAGACCUCCUACCGUUGGUUUCUGCAGCACAGACCCCAGGAAGGCUAUAUAAGAGUUCGGUUCUAUGAAGGCACACAGAUGGUGGCAGACACAGGAAUUAUCAUUGACACAACCAUGAGGGGUGGUAGACUGGGAGUUUUCUGCUUCUCACAGGAGAACAUCAUCUGGGCCAACCUGCGCUACAGAUGCAAUGAUACCAUUCCUGAGGACUUUGAAGCAUUCCGAUCCCAGCAAAUCCAGCUUUUUUAAACUCAGAUUUAACAAUUUUAUAGUUAUAUAAACUUUUUUAUACCACAUAAAUGAAAAGUUGUAUAUUUCUGUUAUUUUUAUCAUUACAUUUUUUCAUCCUUUUUUAUAAUCUGAUUGAAGUGUCAUUCCAAGAGUGCCUACA